AUGUCUUCAGAAAAUGAUUAUUGUGUCAUUGGUUUAGGAAAAUUUGGGAUGUCAGUUGUCAGAACUUUAGAAGAUUUAGGUAAAGUUUGUUUAGCAAUUGAUAAAAAUGAAGAUCGGGUUCAAUUAGCUGCUAAUGUUGCUAGUGAAGUUUUAAUUUUGGAUUCAACUAAUCGUGAUGCUUUAGAAGAUGCUGGGAUUCAUAAAAUUAAAAAUAUUAUUAUUGCUGUUGGUUCAGAUUUGGCUGCUUCAGUUGUGACUGCUGUUCAAAUUUUGGCAUUACAAAAAGAAUAUAAUGAUGGGGAAGAAAUUAAUAUUGUUGCUAAAGCAGUUGAUAGUACUCAUCAGUUAUUAUUAGAAGCAAUUGGAAUUAGUAAUAUUAUUUUACCAGAACUUGAAGCUG